GAGCUUUGCCUUUGUGGAGUACUAUAACAAUGCAUGACCCUGGUAUUCAAGGCAAAAGAUGAUGAAUCAAGAAUUCAGGAUUGGUGAUAAUGCUCCAACUGUGAGCUGGGCUGAUCCCAAAACUGCUGAUUCGUCUGCUGCUUCCCAGGUGAAGGCACUUUAUGUAAAGAAUUUGCCAAAGGAUGUCAAGCAAGAUCAGUUAAAGAAGCUAUUUGAACAUCAUGGAAAGAUAAGAAAGCAGUUCUACCUCCAGUUAAACCUGGACAAGAGAAAUAGAAUUGCUUUUGUUCAUUUUGCAGAGAGAUCUUGUGCUAUGAAAGCUUUGAAUAGCUCAGAAAAAUAUGAAUUGGGUGGCCAAGUUAUGGAAUGUUCUCUUGCAAAGCUCUAACAGAUCAAAAGAGUCCUCACUGGGGGUCAAGUUCUCAGACAUCAGGUUUUCUUCCUGAUUAUCCGUCCCGCAUUGGCUACGGUCUCGUUGGGGGUGCAUAUGGUGCUCUAGGUCCAGGAUAUGGUGUUCCGGGCCUUACACAGCCAUUAAUCUAUGGGUUGGGAGGGCACCAACUACAACUGCAUGUCAAUGAUGCCAAUGCUUCUGCCCGAUGGCCGAAUCGGAUAUGUCCU